UGCCGCUGUCUUUCUCUUCUCUGCCGCCGCUGCCGUCCUUUUGCUUUCGCUUUCCGACUGCUGACAGCCAUGGAAAACCACGCCGUCUACAAUCAGACCACCGAGCCGCAGGCCAAGCCGUCCCGCCGCCCCUUCGGCUGCACCCUGCGGCACCUGAGGGGAUGGCGGCUGCCGACCAAAGCGCUCCAAGCGAUUCUGUCUCUUCUGGCUGUUAUUUGUGAAGAAAUUGUGGAGGAUUGUAUCCGGUGUGGUGGACUUUACUUCUUUGAAUUUGUAAGCUGCAGUGCCUUUCUUUUGAGCCUCCUGAUCCUCUGUGUGUAUUGCACCGACGUAUAUGGAACACUUGGGGAAGAUAAAGUACAAAGAGUGAAUUUUUGGUCCAUGCCAGUCAUAGGUGUCUGUUUUCUGUCAGCAUCAAUAGCGCUUGCUGUGACCAGCUCCGGGUCUGCUGUGGAAAAAGCAGCAUGUGCAUUUGGAUUUCUUGCAAGUACUGCGUUUUUAGCUGAAAUUAUUAUAGAGUAUUUUCACAGUCAGAAACAAAACAUUGAGGGACACCCUGAAAAUCCAGGCAACACUCAGCGUGCCACAGAAAAUCAGCCACUGAAUACACAAAGCUAAUACACAAAGCUAAUUUUCUGGAAUUAAUUUUUUUCUUUUUUUUUAAUGCGGAAAACUAAAAUGAACUUUGAGUGCACUGUAGGUAACAACUUCUUUCUCUUCAUACUCAUCAAUUUUGUAUGCACUGCUUAUCACAAAUGAGUAAUGGCAUCCUGAGCAUCAUGUUGUAAGGUCCUGCUCAAUAACUGGUCCUGCCACCUGUCCAGGUAACAUGCACUAAAAAAACCCUUGUGGUUACUUAGAAUAACUUUAAGGACAAGAGUAUGUUGAAUUUGUUUUGACAGAGGUGACUAAUAAAGGUUCAUAUGUGAUGCAUGAGUUCUGAACUGUACCCUAAAGAUAUUUUCUCUAUAGGUGGACCAAAUAUUUCUGAUACCAGUUGUGAAUUAGUACAUCAGAAUUAAUUUUUUUACUUACUGGUUAAACUGUGAAUAUAAAAGGGAUGCCUAAUGGGGACUUUACAGAAAUGCCUUAGAAAUGCUUAGAAAAGGGUGGGGAUUUUUUACUAUUGAUAUAUCUCAGUUCUAUCUGUGGAGAACAGUUCAAUGGAAUAGUGAGUGCAGGUGUUUUAUGGGGAGGGUGAUGUAAAUGGUGUAUUAAAGAGAAAGUUUUGUACUCUACAAUUGUCCAGGUUUGGACUUCUAUGCCAGAAUCUUCUUUCAGACCGUUUUGAAAUCUAUAAAAGUUGCAGGAUGAUACUCAAAAAGCCAUCUGUGAGAGGAAAAAGAUGAAAACAAAUAUCUUCAUGAAGUAAUUUCAAAAGCAGCAAUCUGAACAUCAAUGGCAAAAACUUUACAACACGUUGGUAACUGUCCUGGUGAAUAAUACUUGCAAGGUUAAUACCAUAUGCAGCUUGUUUAUGCACAGGUCAUGGUAACCUUUUCCAGAAUGGUUAUGGGCCUCACCAUUUUCUUUGUUUAUAAAUAUGGCACUUGCCUGAGACUUCUUGCUGCUGACUAGCUCAGUUGGUAAACAAGUAAAUAAGGACUUGUACCUAUGAUUUGUCUUAAAAAUGGCAGGCUGUAGGACUGCAAGAAACACUCCUGAUUCAACACAUAUCAGUGACAGGCAGAUCAGAUCGGAUGUUGGUGGCUGUAAAAGAAAUUGAGUGGUGCAAAGGCAUUUUUCAGAUGUCUGAGGUAGAAGCAAGACCUCAUUUAAGAGGAAAGCCUUCAAAAGUAGAGCAAAUUGCUAUAAGCAAGGAGGUGUUCCAAAAUACCAAAGCAAAUGAGAAAAAGCUGAUUAUGCAAAAACCUUGUUUGGGUGCUCAUGACUCUUGCUGUGUCUUCCAAGUACCCUAGUACCCUAGUAUGACAGAUCUAUGGCCCUGUAACCUGUUGUGGCCCUCCAGGAACUGUCUGAGCAAACCAUAUUUGGGAAAGGAUAAGGAAGCUGUUGUAAGACAAAGGACUGUAAAGGGUCAGAGUUUUUUCCCAGUGCUGCCACUUUCUGAUGAAUGUGAUGUUAUUGCUCUGAGAAUGGAGCCUAGCACUACACUUUGCUUGGAGAAUAUAAAAUCCUAACAAGUCCUGUAAGAUACCAAGUUUAAGCUGUAGCUUGGUUUCAGAGCAAUGCAUAAAAGACAUACCUCUCCUUCACAGAAUUUUCUGCUUUGUGAAGA